AUGGAUAUGGAUUGCUUUGAAGCAUAUGGGGACCACGCUCCAAUGAGAACAUGUAAAUACUGGGUUCGGCGUUUUGAAAGUGUCGAUUUUGACACCAGCGACAAAGAUUGCGAGGGAAUGUCAGCAAAGUUUGAAGACGCUGAUUUGGAGGCAUUAUCGGACAAAGAUUCAAGGCAAACUCAAGAGGAGCUCGCUGAAACCUUGAGAGUGACUCAGCAAGGGGUUUCAAACGUCUCAAGGCCAUAG